ACAGUUCCCACUUCCUUGGUUCUCGUUUACGUCCGGCUGGUAGAAGCAUAAUCCGCCGCCCGCUUGUGUUUUUGUUGUCCGUUCAGCGUUCCCCGUUCAUACUGUCUGUCAGGACCUCCAUAAGCGUUUUGAUAACUGAAAUCUCCGGUGGGUUUAACGCCGUCGUCUGUUGAUCGUUUCGGAUUUACACAGGCUCCUUUUUGCGCCGCUGUUCACUUUGCAAGUGUUUGAAGAAAUUCAUAUCGUGCACAAUCCGCUGACCGUCCGUUUGAUCCAGACAAUUCAAUAAUGUCCGGUAUUGCAUUAACUCGUUUAUCUGAAGAACGUAAGGGAUGGAGGAAAGAUCAUCCAUUUGGUUUUGUUGCUAAACCAGGCAAAAAUCCAGAUGGUUCAUUGAACCUCAUGGUUUGGGAAUGCUAUAUACCUGGUAGAAAGAGUACUCCUUGGGAAAAUGGAAUGUACUUUUUACGUAUGAUCUUUAAAGACGAUUAUCCAUCCAGUCCACCUAAAUGCAAAUUUGAACCUCCAUUAUUCCAUCCUAAUGUGUACCCCUCUGGUACUGUGUGCUUAUCAUUAUUGGACGAAGAAAAAGAUUGGCGUCCAGCUAUUACUAUUAAGCAGAUAUUGUUGGGAAUACAAGACCUUUUGAACGAGCCAAACAUCAAAGAUCCUGCUCAAGCAGAAGCAUACACUAUUUAUUGCCAAAAUCGUGUAGAAUAUGACAAACGUGUCCGAGCACAAGCUAAAGCAAUGUCCAGAGCUGAAUAAAUAUAGUUGGCAAAGAGAGAAGAAGAAGAAGAAUUUAUUUCUUUAACCUAUUAAAAUAGUUACAUUUUUCAAUAAGUUUUUCACUUCUCUGUUAAUCAGUAAGAAAUAUCCAUGUGUAUCAUACUCAACAUUAAAGAUCAGUUGCCUUCUCUC